GAUAUCCCAGAAGUCAAAGCUUAUUUAACAUGGCGGCGUCCAUAUCUAAGACAUGUAUUUUUAAUUUUUCAUUUCGUCGGGCGUUCUUGCGGUCAUUGAGACUGCGUUCUUGUUAUCAUUUCAGUACUUCUGUCUGUGUUGCAUCAAACAGUAAAGAUUUGCUCUUACAGUUGGGGAAACGUGGCAUUGUGAAGGGUGCUUUCCCAGAAGAAAGCGCAUAUGACCAGCUACCGAUUCUUCUGCAAUCUGCUCCACAGACUGUGUACUGUGGAUUCGACCCCACAAGUGAUAGCUUACAUGUAGGCAACCUGCUGCCUCUCAUUGCAUUGCUACAUUUCCAAAGGGCUGGUCAUAAUGUUAUUGCUUUGAUUGGUGGUGCAACAGCUCAGAUUGGCGACCCCAGUGGGAAAACUAAAGAACGUGAAGCACUAGCUCAAGACACGAUCAGUACAAAUGUAACAGGACUUCGAGAUAGCCUACAGAGAGUUUUCACAAACCAUAAUUUGUAUUAUAGCAGCGGACAAAAACUGGGAACUAUAAAUGUACUGAACAAUUUGUCUUGGUAUAAACAGAGAAAUGUAGUGGAGUUUGUGUCCACUGUUGGGAGACACUUCCGAAUGGGCACAAUGCUUAGUCGACACAGCGUCCAGUCGAGGCUGAAGAGUCCUGAGGGCAUGAGUUUAACAGAAUUUAGUUACCAAAUGUUUCAGUCUUAUGAUUUUUAUUACUUGAAUCAACACUAUGAUUGUAGAAUACAGCUUGGAGGGACGGACCAGCUGGGUAACCUGAUGUCCGGCCACGAUCUAAUUCACAAGGUGACAGGAGAGCAUGUAUUUGGAAUCACAGUUCCACUUAUCACCACCAUGGCAGGAGAUAAACUGGGCAAGUCAGCAGGAAAUGCUGUAUGGCUGAACAGAGAUAAGACAUCACCUUUUGAAUUGUACCAGUACUUUAUUCGACAGGAAGAUGCAAGUGUGGAGAGGCUACUUAAACUUUUAACAUUUUUGCCUAUUUCUGAAAUUGAGCACAUUAUGGAGAUCCACUGGAAGGAGCCUGAAAAGCGUAUAGCACAAAAGCGACUGGCUGCAGAAGUGACCAAACUUACUCAUGGAAAAGAUGGCCUAGAAACUGCUAAAAGGUGUACACAUGCAUUUUAUCACAGCAGUGUGAAAGCCCUGGAGGAAAUGUCAGAAGAGGAGCUGCAGGAACUUUUCAGAGAAGCUCCUUUCUGUGAGUUGCUACUUGAAUCUGGGACUACCAUAUUGGAUAUGUGUCGUAAAGCCAAAGCCAUUCCAGAUGGACCAAAGGGGUACCAAAUGAUUGCUGAUGGUGGUGUCUGGAUAAAUCAGAGCCAAGUAAAUAACCCAGAGCAGGUCUUGGUAGUGGGACAACACAUCCUCAGAAAUGACCUGUCACUUCUCCGGAUUGGGAAAAAGAAUUUCUACAUUGUAAAAUGGCUUCACAUAUAAGCUUUUUUUUUUACAUGUUUGGGCUUAUCCAGUUGGGUUAUGUGGUGCAUAACACAUCAAUCAACUUCUGAGCAAAGAACAUUCCAGGUUUGCAGAAUCCAUGUACAAAAUAAAAGCAAUAAAUGUUUGUAGUUAAAGCAA